CGGGGCGGUUCAGGGAGGAGCAGCACAGAGACUUCCUAAAAGCAGGUUCCUGUCUGCUCACGCAUGUUCUUCCUCAACUUCUAAAACUCCAGCCAGAAGCGAACUCGUCCAGACCUGGACCCGUAACUUUCACUCUGGCCGCUGUGAACGUCUGCCUUACUGGUUCUAGACCUCCUGCAUGGAGACAGACCGUCUGCUGACCGGGGCUGGGGCCCAACACGGCGGGGCCCAUGGCUCCGGCCCGGUGAGAAGCGGCGGAGUUUCGCGGGACAGCAGGCGGAUGUCUUACUCCUCUACUGCUGAGGACUACUGCCGUUUGGACGGAGGUACUGGCUGCUCCUUCAGAGGCACCCAUGGCCAACCUGAUACACCCUGCUGUGACGCAGUGAGUCAGCAAACCACGGAUGAUGAGGACCUGUACAUCCAGCAGGCAGUUGUUUUUAUUGAAGAUGCCAUCCAUUACCGCUCCAUCAACCACCGGGUGGAUGCCGGGUCUCUUCGUCUCUAUCGAUGGUACUACUCAAGAAUAUGCCAGUGGAUCUUGGGCACCAUCAUUGCAGUUGUGCUGUUAUUGGCAUUUGUAGAACGUCCUUCCUCCCUGUCCAUCUCUUCAGAUCCCCGUCACCAAUCCAGCCGAUGGGAACCUCCCUGUGGUGCCCCAGAGAGCAUCGAGAUGCUCUGUCUCUUCAUCUUCUGCCUGGAUCUUGCUGUCAAAAGCUACCUGAUUGGCUGGGAGGAAUUCAGGAAGAGUAAAUGGCUGAUCAGCUACACUGUAGUCAUUUGUGUUUCUGUCAUUGAUUGGGUGCUCUCUGUCAGCAUGGAGUGUGAUGAGAAAUUGAGAGUACGACGUCUUGUCCGGCCAUUUUUCCUUCUGCAGAACUCCUCUCUGAUGAAAAAGACAUUGAAAUGCAUCAAGAGAACCCUACCUGAGAUUGCUAGUGUGAUCCUGCUGCUUGCUCUGCAUCUCUGCCUCUUCACCAUGAUCGGCAUGCUGCUGUUUGCUAAAAAUGCAGAUCAAAAGAAGAAUGGUGAAUGGGAGUUACAUUUCAAGAACCUGACCACCUCCCUAACCUCUCUGCUUGUGCUGCUCACCACAGCUAACAAUCCUGAUGUCAUGAUCCCUGCCUAUUCCCUCAACAGAUGCUACGCCAUUUUCUUUAUCACCUUCAGUAUCAUUGGAACAUAUUGUCUGAUGAACUUGCUGACCGCCAUCAUCUAUAACCAGUUCAGGGGAUAUUUACUGAUGUCGGUCCAGACAUCCAUCAUUAGGAGACGGCUGGGGAUCCGAGCUGCUUUCCAUGUCCUUAGCUGUCACAGAACACAGACAGAAGCACAAGAACUUGUGCGAAUCAGUGCUGUGCUUCAGGUGAUGUCCAGAGUCAACAUGAAGCACUUCUACAAAUCAGCCAUCACAGCGGCAUCGCAGCAGUUUGUAGAACAGGGCUACAUGGAUCGACAGCAGUUCAGGAGGAUAUUUGAUGAACUGGAUAAAGAUUGUAUCAAGGAGCAUCCUCCUUUACCUCAGUAUACAUCUGCAACGCUGCAAAAACUUCAGGUGGUCUUCAGUCACUACUACCUCACUGUCCUAGGAAACCUGGUGGCACUGGCCAAUGUCUUAUGCAUAUGUGCUAUCCUGGUUCUGAACUCUGAAAAGACAACUGAAGAGAGAGACAACGAUGUCUUAGAGGUUAUCAACCUCUGCUUCAUCCUCUUCUACCUUUCUGAAAUGAGCGUCAAGAUAUUUGCCUUUGGAUGGAGAGGAUACCUGUCCUACAGAAGCAACAUUUUUGAUGGCUUCCUCACUGUUCUGUUACUGAUCCUACAGAUUGCUAUAUUCAUCACAUACAGGCUCCCUUAUUCCCAGGAGCCUUCGUCUCGUGGUGUGAUGUCUUUGUGGGAGAUGGUUCGCCUGGUUAACAUGCUGAUUGUCUUCCGGUUCCUGCGCAUCAUCCCAGAUAUCAAGCUCAUGGCUCUGGUUGCCAGCACUCUGCUGGAUCUGGUGAAAAAUCUCAGAGCAUUUGCUGGGAUCCUAGUGGUAGUGUACUACGUGUUUGCUGUAUUUGGGAUCUGGCUGUUUGAGGGUGCCAUUAAACCUCCUCCACAGAUGAGUGUCUUCUCCAUUCACAACACCACAUCUAACUUCAGCACGGCAUGUGGUACUUAUGAACAGCUGGGAUACUGGCCCAACAACUUUGAUGAUUUCGCUGCAGCCAUUAUUCUGCUCUAUGAUGUCAUGAUUGUCAACAACUGGCAGGCCUUCAUGGAAGCAUACAGCAGAUACACAUCAGAGUGGUCCAAGGUGUACUUUGUGUGCUGGUGGCUCACUUCCUCUGUGAUGUGGGUCAACCUGUUUGUGGCUCUCAUUCUGGAGAAUUUCAUCUACAAGUGGGACCGUAGUCACAGCUGCUCUGUUACAGAUGUGGAGAAAAUCCGAUAUGAAACUUCAGUCCAGUUCAUGUUCAAAGAACAGAUCCAAGAACCAACUGAAGAGGAAUUAGCUUGCCAGUUAAACCAGCACCCUCACCUCCACCUGGAAUGGAGACACGAACAUUAGAACAUUGGAACAUUAGAACAUUAGGUCCUCUCUGAACUGAGGCCUUGAAGCUGCUGGUGGAAUAGGAAGGUGUUCAAGUUCGGUAAAUCAACAGUAGACUUUUCCUUUUGAAGAACAAAGCACAAGGAUUCAACUGGAGGUUUACUUUGAAACUCAAAACAUUAAGUGAGUUAAUUCAAGAGUUGCCAUAAAGAACUUUUGAAUGUGUAGGUUUUUUCUCUCUACAAAGAUUUGUUGUACCAAAUCUGUAAUUUACAGAAAAGUAAGCCAUAUUUUCUCUCUUUUUUUAUUAUUAUUAAACUGGAGCCGUUUGACAAAAAUGCUGAAAGAGCAGAGGAGGAUAUAGGGUUGCGGUGGAGGUUCAGAGCAGCCAUGGCCUCUAGGAUCAUUAAGACUGAGAAGCAGUAAUUCCUCCGCCAGGCGAGAAAACAGAAAGGCAUAUUUCCUUAGAUCUUUGACUAUAUCCAAUCAGCACUAAAUACAAAGUCAGUUCUCUGAUGUAUAGUGCAUUCACCAAUGUUCUUGGUGCUGAUUGAACCCACCGUGGUCACCAUGACAUAAAUUACUCUGCAAAGUGCAAAAUAUUCAACUUCUGCACAGUACAACAUGCCUGAACUAAACUAGCUGUGCAAGCCAUUUUUAACUUUCUGUCAGGUCAGAUUCUAAUACCAUUGUCAGUGUUCAAGCUGUCUACUAUCAGAUAAGCUGGCCUGGACAAGCAACACAAGAUGUACUACUAAGAUCCUUUAACAUCUGCUAUAAGCUGCUGGGGUUGUUUGACCAGUUUGCUGUUGCCAGUAUUAUGUUAUACUGUGGUAUGCUGGAGUAGAAGCAUCUCAAAGACAGACCUUUCCAGGCUGGAGAAACAAAUCAAGUAGGCUGGCCCAGUGGUCGGUACGAGACUGGACUCUCUGGCAACAGUAGCAGAGAGGAGAACAUGGCAGAAACUCCAGGCUGUUAUGGACAAUUCCAGCCACCUUAGACUUAGACUUAGACUUAGACUCGUACUUUAUUGAUCCCUUGGGAAGACUGCCUCAGGAAAUUGAAGUUACCAGCAGCUUACAGGCAGAAAAGUGGCACACAGUGCGCAAAAUACAAAAGAAUACAAGAAAUACAAAUUAAAUACAAAGGUACACACUAAAUGUGAGUAGCCAUUUCUUCUUCACUCUGUCAUCAGCAGCCAGGAAAGCAAGUUCAGUGGGAGACUCCUUCUAAAGUGCAGGACCAAUAGACUGAGGAAGUCCUUUGUCUCUUGUGCAAUGAGACCGUUCAACUCUUCACUGGACAUCAGAAGGAAGGCUAACAAGAGUACAACAAAAACAGUGGAACUAUAGGAUAGGGUUGUUUAUGUAUUUAAUAAAACAACAACAUUAAUUUAAGUUUUUGAUGUAUGGGUGCUCUAUAAGAGAUGGAAAUUACAAUUUCCCUAAGGAAAAAUUCUAAAAGUUUCUAUGUGACUGUCUACCUGCCCAUCCAUCAGGUCAUCCAUCAGUCUGCCUACUGUUGUCUAAUCUCAUAUGUCCAAAACGGGUUGAUUUGUCAGGCAUUGCUUUGCCAAGUGCUAAUGUUUCCUUUCGGAACACGGCUCAACUCUGCGACAUGUCAAACAGAUCUAACUUUCUAUCUAAUGCACAUUUAACCUGGGCUAAAAUGGAAAUCCCAUAUUCUCAAUCUGUGUGUGAUAAUUAAUGUAUGUGUGUUUGUGUGAGAGUUAUUAUUUCUGGAGAAACUAUAUGUUGUCCCACUUUGGGCAUUCAAGGAGGAAAUUUGUUUGAAGCAGGGUUCAUUGAUCCUGCUGAGGUCUGGACCCCAUACGGAACGACCCCUUUCAUAUAUCACUGAUAAACUUCAUCUGAAAAUCUGAUAUCUACAAGAACCAUUUUACUCAACUUGUAUAAAAAAACAAAGUUUAUUCCUUGUGGAAUUAUUUUGGUAUUUACAAAACAAUUGUUUUAUUGGAAAUAUAUGAGAAUAUUUUUUAAGUGUGACUAAAGCAAAAAAAAAAAAAAUAAAUAAAACUUGAACUUA